GAUCGCAUGGGCAUGUGCUUUAGCAAGAUUAAUCAUCUCUAAACGCUUUAAUCAGCUAAAAUGACUAAUAUGUGUUUUGUAAACGUCAACAAAUGAUGAAACCUUCCUCGGCAGAGACGCUUCACAAAGGAAGGAUGUGGUGGAUAAUUCUUCUAAGCACAAUUGCUCUAGCAUGGACUACACCCAUUCCCUUGAUAGAGGACUCGGAGGAACUGGAUGAGCCUUGCUUCGAUCCAUGCUACUGUGAAGUGAAGGAGAGCCUUUUCCAUAUACAUUGUGACAACAAGGGAUUUAUAAAUAUUAGUCAGAUAACAGAGUCGUGGUCGAGACCUUUUAAACUUUAUCUGCAGAGGAACUCCAUGAGGAAAUUGUACACCAACAGUUUUCUUCACUUAAACAACGCUGUGUCCAUUAACCUUGGGAACAAUGCACUGCAGGACAUUCAGACGGGGGCUUUUAACGGGCUCCGGGUCCUGAAGAGGUUGUAUUUGCACGAGAACAAAUUGGACAUUUUCAGAAACGACACUUUCCUGGGUUUGGAAAGUCUGGAAUAUCUGCAGGCAGAUUACAAUGUCAUUAAGCGGAUUGAAAGCGGGGCGUUUCGAAACCUAAGUAAAUUGAGGGUCCUUAUCCUAAAUGACAAUCUCAUCCCCAUGCUUCCCACCAACCUAUUUAAGUCCGUGUCCUUAACCCACUUGGACUUGCGCGGGAACAGGUUGAAAGUGCUCUCGUACCGCGGGAUGUUGGACCACAUUGGCAGGAGCCUGAUGGAGAUUCAGCUGGAGGAGAACCCGUGGAACUGCACGUGUGAGAUCGUGCAGCUGAAGAGCUGGCUGGAGCGCAUCCCCUACACCGCCUUGGUAGGGGACAUCACCUGCGAGACCCCCUUCCACUUCCACGGCAAGGACCUGCGGGAAAUCAAGCGGAGCAAGCUGUGCCCCAUGCUGUCCGACUCCGAGGUGGAAGCCAGCCUGGGCAUCCCCCAGCUGUCCUCCAGCAAGGAGAACGCGUGGCCCACCAAGCCCUCCUCCAUGCUGUCCUCCUUCCAUUUCACUGCUUCCUCGGUUGAGUACAAAACGUCCAACAAGCAGCCCAAGCCCACCAAGCAGCCCCGGGUGCCCCGGCCUCCCCCGACGCCCCGUGGGCUGUACCCUGGGCCCAACCAGCCGCCCGUGGCCGCCUACCAGACCCGGCCCCCCAUCCCCAUCAUCUGCCCCACGGGCUGCUCCUGCAGCUUGCACAUCAACGACCUGGGCCUGACGGUCAACUGCAAGGAGAGAGGCUUCCACAACAUCUCCGAACUCCUGCCCAGGCCCCUGAACGCCAAGAAGCUCUACCUGAGCGGGAAUUUGAUACAGAAAAUCUAUCGCUCCGAUUUCUGGAAUUUUUCCUCUUUGGAUCUCUUACACCUGGGGAACAACCGCAUUUCCUACGUGCAGGACGGGGCUUUUAUCAACCUGCCCAAUCUCAAGAGCCUCUACCUGAACGGCAACGACAUUGAGCGGCUCACCCCGGGCAUGUUCCGGGGCCUGCAGAGCUUGCAUUACCUGUACUUCGAGUACAACCUGAUCAGGGAAAUCCAGCCGGCGGCCUUCAGCCUCAUGCCCAACCUGAAGCUGCUCUUCCUCAACGACAACCUGCUGCGCACUCUGCCCACCGACGCCUUCGCCGGCACCUCGCUGGCCCGGCUCAACCUCCGCAACAACCACUUCUUGGCGCUGCCGGUGGCCGGGGUGCUGGAGCACCUGCACGCCAUCGUGCAGAUCGACCUGAAGCUCAAUCCUUGGGACUGCACCUGCGAGCUGGUGCCUCUCAAGCAGUGGCUGGAGGCCCUCAGCUCUGUCAGCGUGGUGGGCGAGGUGCUGUGCGCCAGCCCCGAGCGCUUGGCCCGACGCGACCUGCGCUUCUUCCUACAGGUGGAGAGGACGGGAACCACCAGGUCACUGGUGGAGAUAGGGAUGGCUGCUGAAGCCAUCGGUUUUGCUAUAGAUGGUGAUCACCAGAAGGUUACAGGCGUGACGUGA